AGUUGUCGGAUCUGUCGUGGGGAAGCCACCAACUCCCAGCCAUUAUUCCACCCGUGUAAUUGUCGUGGUUCCAUCAAGUACGUGCACCAGGGAUGUCUCUUUGAGUGGCUUAAGCACUCCAACAAGUCUACCCACAAGUGUGACAUCUGCAACACCGAAUACAAAUUCAAGACCAUCUAUGACCCUGAAAUGCCCCAGCGGAUCCCCGUGGGGUUGAUCUUGUCCAAGUUCACCAACUUCGUGAGCUCAGGUAUCCUCAAGUCCAUCUCAGUGACCCUUUACGUGUUGUUUCUCCUCCAGUUGCCCAUGUUCUGGAAGUUUGCUGGUAGAGUGUACACAUGGGCCAUCGACGGCACGUUACCCCAGGAGAAUCCGUCAGUGCUCAACGCGUUGCUUCUUGGACGUUUCGACAUCUCCAGCCACAGAAAUGCUGUCACGACAGGCUCGCCCACCGACCUGCUAUUCGUGUACGCAGAACACAUCUUUCAGUACACCUACUACAGCGGAGUUAGACAUAUCUUCGUGUUUCUGCUCGUCCACAUUGCCCUCUUCAUUGAGCACGAAUGGGUGGUCCGCGACGAAGGCUAUACCAAGUCGUUAAUGAAGCGUAUCGGCAAAGAGCCCAGGACGAAGCUUCUGGACAUGUUGCAACAAGCGUUGACUGCCCUCCGUAACGACGGUGACAACGGCAAUGCAGAAGCUGCGCAAAAUGUGCACCAGCUUGAGAUGUUGGCCAGGGCCAUCGAUGAUCUCCAGAACGAAGACCCCAAUGCCAGGCCCAAUGGUGGACCCAACCAAUUCCAAAACACAGAAGAGGAGUUGAGAAGAAUCACCCAAAAUGGCGAUCUAUUUGGCGACAACAUGGCUCCAGUCGAUCCCUUGCCCAACAACAAUUUCGAGUUCGACAACGACAAUGAUGAACUCGACGACGAUGCAGUUGCAGCGGAAGAAGCAGAGGCUUUGGCAGCAGCAGCAGCCAAUGCAAACGGUGGUGGGGACUUUUUGGAAUUAUUCGGGUUUGCUUUUGAUAUCAAAACCCCCAUCAUUUGCACAAUCAUGGCCGAUUCGAUAAUAGCGGUUUAUUUGUUUGCUUUCUACUUUAUUCCCCAUACGAUCGGGAGCACCGUGGCUUCAUUUUCUAGAAUCUCCGUUGAGUUUGCUUAUUUGAGUAUAAAGCAGUAUUUUAUCGAACCUGUGUGGUUGACUAUUGCGUCCAUCUUCAUCGAGCCCAACCCAACCCACACGACUUUCCUCGAAAGAUUGAGUUUAUUGGCCAUUGGCUAUGGGAUAAUUGGCUACACAAUUUAUGCUCUCAUGAACAGUUUAACUGCAGGCAAGAAGCCAGUUUUGGGAGGCUCGAGAAAGGUCUUCAAAAUCUUGUUUGAGAUCACCUCCACAUUCAAGGUGUUCUUCAUAUUUGCUUUGGAGAUCGUGUUAUUCCCAAUGUACUGUGGAUGGUUACUUGACUUCUGUGGUGCUCCAGUUGUGUUGCCCAGGUUUUCUGUAAGCGAAUCUGAUGGCUCAAAAUCGAUACUAUUGCUAUUAUCUUCCAUCUCUGAGUUCACCCAAGCUUCGCACACUAGAUUGUAUGGAUACUGGGUCAUUGGAACCGCCUAUAUGUUAUGCAUCGCUCUAUUUGUGGGCAUGGUUAGGAACAAGAUAUUGAGACCUGGGGUAUUAUUUUUUAUCAGGUCGCCAGAAGAUCCUAACGCCAGAUUAAUUCACGAUGCAUUGGUGAAGCCAUUGAUGUUACAAAUGUCGAGAAUAUACUUGAGUGCAAAGGUUUAUACGGUUUUCAUCUUGGCAGGUAUUGGUGGAAUCACUUGGAGCUUGAGACUCUUUAAUAUGGGGGAUCUGAGCGAAGAUUCCACCUGGCGCCCUAGUCUUGCCAUGUUAUUAUCAAUUCCCUUCCAUGCUGCAACUAUAAAUUCUUACUUCUCACUCCUUCAAAAGUAUGUCCACAAAUAUUGGAAACGAGUCUUUGAGAUCUCGGCUCACAAAGUGAGGUUAUCCCAUUUUAUAUUGGGCAAACCAGUAUCCCAAGAAAGAGGUUACAUUGUCUAUAGGAAUGUUUUCCUCCAGUUGUUGGGUACCAGUCAGCCGGAUUAUUCUAGGCCAACCACAUACAGAGAGGCCAUCAAAAUAUUCGAGGAAAACCCUGAAGUCAAGGCUUGCUUUGUACCAAAUGGUUCUUACGUCAGAGUUCCCGAUAACGAUACAGUCUGUAGGAAAUAUGUCAAGAAAUUAUUUGUUGCCGUUACAAAAGACGAUAAGUUGAUCACCGCACCUGCUCAAUCGGAAUCCAGCGUUCAGUCAGGCUAUGAAACUCCUACAUCUGAUGAGGAACAAGAUGUGAACACCGAUAACCGUUACACUAUUGUCUACAGACCUCCUAAUCUCAAAACAAGGUGCUUUGGCUUGUUGGGCAUCUUGUGGGGAUUUUCCGUCAUUCUUUGUGUUUCAGUUUUCCUUAUUUCUUUGGUCAUUGGAAGACCUGUGGUCAGAGCUUUAGGUAUCAUUUUCCACUUUAUGGAGAUCUACAAAGGUGAAAUUUCCUUUAAGAACAGUUUCCCCUUGGACUGGAACUUGGAUGUGUACUCAAUUGGUAUUGGAUUCCGCAUCAUUAUGAUAUUGCUCGAGUCAUUUGACAAGAGGCUUGACGAAAGACAAACCCCUGGCGAAGUUCCAGCUGAGCAGGGAGCUGCUGCUCCACAAGAGUUCAAUAUUCCUAAUGAGGCUCUUCCUGCAAACCUAGGGGCAAACAAUAGAUUGCGAAUUGACUUAGGGGCCCAAUUCGUUUUCACGUUUGUCUUGUGGAUGACUGUGUGGGUAGGAGGAGUUCACCUUUAUUGUGUGGAAAUUCCUGCUCGCUUCUACCACCAGUUAGGACACCCCGUUCCGGUCUCAUUGUUUGAAUUGAACAGGUUCACCACUCCACUCCAUCUUUUGGUGUCCUACUGGACAAUUUUCGUGUAUCUCAAGUACCCCGUGGCUUGGAUUAAGAUGAUUUUACAGGACAUCGAUGGUGAAUUCGAUGGCGAGCCAACUAAGGUAUGGCUAAAGCUGCUCUUGAUCGAUUUUGCCUGUGUCUGGGGCCCAUCUGUGAUUAGUGCAAUUGGGUUGAAAGUCACAGGGUACGACCAAUACUUGGUGUAUGAUAAAGCGCUUAUUUUCAGCGUCUAUGCUGGGAUAAAGCUACUUCUUGCGUUAAUUUCGGCAUACAACUCGUUGGUCGAAAGUGUCAAGAACGAAAAGUAUGUGAGAGGCAGAACCAUUCAAAAUAUUGAU